CACUCUUUCUCUUUUGCUGUUCUCAGUCUUACCUCGGUGACCGUCCGGAAUAUUGGAAACAGAGCGAGUGAGCUGACUGAGACAGGGAUUGUUACUUUAAAAAACCACCCUAUUUUAUUCGAAGCACUGAUGUCCCACCUCCGUGUUGCUGCAAUUGCGGAUUACUUCGAUAUUCAACCGCUGCAGAAGCUCAUUCUCGUAAAGUCGGAUGAGGUCCUCAAGAUACCAUGGUCGUCCGAAGGCUUUGCAGAGGCCGUCAAUUUAGCCUUCGAGGUGAACGAUGAAACUCUUCGUAGCAAGAUGGCCACAAUUGUGUUCGAUCAUUUGGAGGACCUUCUUCAUCAAGAGUUCCCGGCCCGGUUCUUUGCAAACGACCUAUCAAGACGGGUGUUCCGCUUGACGCAGAAUAGAAAACGAGACAUGGAGGGCGAAAUCAAGGAAUUGUCGAACGAGAAGGCGGCCCUGCUCAAUCGGCUCGAACAGGCGGUGAUGGGGUACAAAUUGGCCGAUGUGUAUAAUGGCUAUGACUUUGUGUUGAAAGGCACUUGUCUCAAAUGUGGGCAGAUUAGGAAUUACAACAAGAGCGAGCUUGACUCCCCGCAUUGCGAGAGAUGUCAACUGGGGUUGUCUUCGUGAAGUGUGAGGAUGCUAGGCACUCAGAUAACUCUUCCGCAAAUGUGAUUCGGAUCUGGUGCAUGCUCUCGCUGUCAAGCCAUGGUGAUAUCGCGCAAGCAUAUUUCGCAGGGUGCUAUAAAACAUAACUGGUUGUGCUCGAAUGUCUUGCUCAAAGAGCCCAUCUUGUUCUCGACUUCUUUCCACAAUAUCCAACUUUUCGCUUGCUGCCGGGAUGAGAGCAACUUCUCUCUAUGCAUAGCUAGUUUAAGAAUGCCAUGAUCGCUCGACGGCUUGGUGCAAUGUACUUACAAUGCUACAAUCAUAAGAGGUCUUAGAAAAUAAGAAUUAUGGCUCCCUCGCUGUCCAUCAACUGUGACUUGGCAUGGCAUUGAUAAGUAUACCGUGAGUGGUUUCAGCGGAUAUUAGAUUCCGAUUAAGUUGUUCCAUGCGAUCACUUCAGAUAACAUUUGAUUUGAUCUAGAUAUUCGAGCUG